AUGUCAACAUUCACUGCUGAGAAUAUUCUUUACAAUCCUGUCAACUGGAUUCUUUCUGUUCUGCUAGUGUAUGUUAUCAAAAAAACAAUGUUUUCAGAUACGACUACUGCUACUGCUCCCAAGCAUUCCAAGGUGAUUGAAUUGAAAUCGUUUACACCUGUAGAACUGGCUUACUAUAAUGGUGAGGAUGAAAAACCCAUCUAUAUGUCGGUCUCUGGCAUGGUGUUUGAUGUAUCAGCCGGUCGAAACUUUUACGGUCCAGGGUCGAUGUAUGAGACUUUCUCUGGUCGAGAUGCUUCCAGAGGGAUGGCCAAAAAUUCGUUUAGUGAUGAUGUAUUGGCAGAUAUUCAUGGCCCCAUCGAUCCUUUAGAAGAUCUCACUGAAUCAGAAAAAGAAUCAUUACAUGAAUGGACCCAGUUUUAUAUGGGAAAAUACAUUCAUAUCGGAACUCUGGUGGAAAACAAGGCAGUUUAAAAUAUUGUUUGUGUUGUCAUAGGCUUGUAUGUCGAUCCAUCUGUCCGAGAAUACGAUACUACAGAUUGACUAUACAAUGGA